CCAAAAUAACUUCCGGCCUACCUAAAAUUAAAAGCAUUUGUUUUGAUAAACUGUGCCCUAAAUAUCAGCCCAAGGAAAUGAGUCGUUACGGUGCUCACAUACGUUUAAUAACACAUGUUUUAUUGUUAAUCUCGUAACUUUUAAAGCGUAUUUUGUUAGUGGCACCAAGUUCGUAGCCUCUUCUUGCAGCAGUCUGCUGCCCUCAGCGUUAGAGAAGAUGGCGGAGGAAGAGAAGAGCGCUGAGCCUGUCAAAGAAAAACACGAACUCCAAAUUUUGAAGGAGCUGGUGGAUGACUUGUACAGUUACAGGGAUCGUUACUUUGAGACUCAUGGCGUGGAGGCGGCGGGCAGGAAACAACAAGAUGUCACUCAGGAGCUGGAAAAGGUGCUGAAAAAGCUGGAGGAUAAAGAAGAAAACUUCAAGCACAAAGUGGAAUUCCUGCUGCAGAAAGGCAGGUGUCUUAACGUCGCCCCCGACUUCAGCGCUGCUGCCGAGGAGUGCCUUUCCCGCGCCGUCAAGCUGGAGCCCGGCCUAGUGGAGGGCUGGAACGCACUGGGGGAGCAGUACUGGAAAAAGGGCGACCUGACUGGUGCCAAGAACUGCUUCACAGGAGCCUUGCAGCAGAAAAAGAACAAAGUAUCCUUGCGGAACCUGUCUAUGGUGCUGAGGCAGCUCCCGGCGGCAGACAGCGAUUCACACGGCAAGCAGGUUCUGGAGAGCGUGGACAUGGCCCGGCAAGCUGUCCAGCUUGAUGUGGCGGACGGGACAUCCUGGUAUAUUCUAGGAAACGCUUAUGUAUCCCUGUUUUUUACUUGUGGACAAAAUCCACAUUUGUCUCAACAAGCUCUAAGUGCCUAUGCACAAUCUGAACGAGUAGACAGAGCGGCUGCCUGUUACCCAGAGCUGCACUUCAACCGAGCCACGCUCUUUCAGUACGAGGAGAUGUUCGGGUCGGCGCUCGAGGGCCACAGCCGUGCCGCUGCCCUGGAUCCCAGCUGGGAAGAUCCGCCACAGAGGGAAAAGCAGCUGCUGGAGUACCUGAGGAAAAUUUCAGAACUCAUCGAGAAUAAGGGCAAGGUGAAGGCGCGGCGCCUGCGGACGUUGCUUUCCAACCUCAACACGUCAGCUAUGGGCCCGUGCUCGUCUCCUCAAUUUCGCUCGCCAACAGGCCGCGUGGGCAGCCUGGAGCCGCGGGCGCUGUCUUCCAUCACGCACGGUCACAAUGGCGGGGUUGCAGCCAUGGGGAAGGUGGUGUUCAGUCUGGCAUCCGAGGGUCGUAUGGCCUUUACGUUCGGCAUGGUGGACAGCGAGGAAACAUGCAUGGUGGUGAUGGUUUAUAACACGGCAGACAGCUGGGGGGUUCUCAUUGGAGACACCGUGGUCAUUCCUGAACCUCAGGUCAAACGACACAGUAUCACGCAUAAAGACACGUCCUUCGACUUCAAGAGCAUUCGCGUGGACUCUCCUCUGCACCUCAUCGUUAACGGCAAGAAGCAAAAUUCCCAAAGUCAGAUUGCCACCUCGGUCAGCUACAAACCUCAGAGUGAAUGAGUCAUGAAGACCAAACGCAUGCUGGACAUGAAACAAGAAGAUUACAAAGUGGUCAUUACACUGCUUUGUCUGUAGAGACAUUUUGUUUAUAGUCGUUAUAUUUAUUUUCUUUCUUUUUUUGUAUCCUGUCAUCUAAAGGACUUUUUGUGGGGGUGGGGGUAUUGUAAAAGGGAGAACAUGAAGAUAGUGUGGGGGCCCAACAGAAAAAUAAAAAUGAAACUUACCAUGCUGCUAUAACACAAUGUUUAAUGUGUCUACUGUUUUUAAGGUUGUCGAUCAACUCCUGGCAAAAAAAACACUACUGUGGAGGUUUAUGAAAUGCGGCAUGCAACUAAUUCUUUAUUCGCACUAAAAUAAAUAUUUAUUAAUGGUAUGUUAUUACCAUAAUCAUCUUAUAAGUAGACGCAACAUCGAGCCCUACUGCCUACUGGCGCUGACGAGAUGCGGGGCCCCCAUCUUGGAGUGGUGAGCCUCUCCCCUCAGUGCAAUUUAUUUGGCAGGUGCAAUGAACUGUCAGUGCAUUUAAAUAAUCUUACCUCACUGAAUACCACUGAUUUUCAUGCGUUUUUUGUCCUAUGUGUUGCUAUGUUAAAGGACACUUGUUUUGUCGUAUUUUAUUAUUCUUACUUUGCUUAACAGUAAUAGAAUAUUCUUAUAUGCUAUAAGUGACCAGAUGUCCAAGAUCAAAAAUGGGAAUAUAAUCCCAGAGUGGGCUAGGGACGGCGUGGCGCAGUGGGAGAGUGCCCGUGCGCAACCCGAGGGUCACUGGUUCAAAUCCCACCUAGAACCAACCUCGUCACGUCCGUUGUGUCCUGAGCAAGACACUUCACCCUUGCUCCUGAUGGGUGCUGGUUGGUGCCUAGCAUGGCAGCUCCCUCCAUCAGUGUGUGAAUGUGUGUGUGAAUGGGUAAAUGUGGAAGUAGUGUCAAAGCGCUUUGAGUACCUUGAAGGUAGAAAAGCGUUAUACAAGUACAACCCAUUUAUUUAUUUAUUUACAAAAACGGUCAUAUCUCCGUUGCUGCAGCAGCAGCGUUUCUGUCUUGACACUUUGUAUUGAUACUUUGCAUUACAUUCUUCCCUUAAAAGAUAAUGUUUACAGUGAUUGUUUUUAAUGUAUUUUUUAUGUAUGUCGCUUUGGAUAAAAGCGUUUGUCAAAUACUUAAACAUAAACAUAUAUAAACACCUGAAA